AUGCCACUUCGAACGUUGACGCCGGAUUUAUACGGCAAGAAAAAAUCCGAUCUACCCAUAUUCAACAAAUUAUCCCCAAGAAAACAUUCGAAUCGAAUAUUGAUCAAACGGAUAUUCUAUGCAGUUAUAGCAGUAUUGAUCACAUUUACCAUAUACAGUAAGUUCACUACUGACUCGGUAAGUCUUGAGCAAAGUACGUCUGUAGGACAAUCGGGUACUUCUGAAACGGGUAAUUUAGAUAAUCUAAAAGAUGUUGAUGGACUACAACAGCAACAACAAGGAGAACAAAAUGUACAAGAUGUACAAGAUGUUGCUGCUGUUGCUGGUAAUGAUGAUGGAGAAGGUAAGGGAAAGGUUUACAAGGUUACCAAAGACGGAGUUGAGCAAGUAGAAGAUGGUGCAGAAAAGGGAGAGCAGAAGAAUGUGAAUCAGGAGGAAGGAGAGAACCAUGUUGUUAGUGCUGAGGAUAUCACCACUGAAGAAUUAACCAAGAGCGGAGUUGAGUACUUUGAUCUCAAUGAUUACCAAGGUAGUUCCCAAGGUAACCAGCAAGGUGACAAUGUCCUCUUUUUGAUGCCAUUGAGAAAUGCUGAGCAUGUUUUGCCUAUGGCAUUUUACAACCUAAUGAACUUGACAUAUAAUCAUGAAUUGAUUGAUAUUGCAUUUCUUGUAUCUGAUUGUUCUCCCGAGGAUACUACGUUGGAGACUGUGUUUCGGUACUCUGUGGCUUUACAAAAUGGGACAUUGGUGGAUUUGCUCAAGCAAGAAGAGCAACUGAAGCAUGGUGCCCAGGUCAAAGGGUCGAAUGAUUUGUACCAAUCAUAUAUGGAGCCCACCUAUAUGGAGAAUGUCAAAAAAGCAUAUAGUAAUCCGGAACAUCAUAAGGGUUAUAGAACUCCAUUUAGGUCUGUUACUAUAUAUCAAAAGGAUUUUGGUCAAGUGAUUGGCCAGGGUUUUAGUGAUCGACAUGCGGUGAAAGUGCAAGGUAUUAGAAGGAAACUUAUGGGUCGUGCAAGAAACUGGCUUACGUCGAGUGCGUUGAGGGCCGAUCACUCGUGGGUGUAUUGGAGAGAUGUUGAUAUUGAGACUUGUCCAGGAAAUGUUAUUGAAGAGUUGAUGCUGCAUGAUUAUGAUGUGAUGGUGCCCAAUGUGUGGAGACCGUUGCCUACAUUUUUGGGUAAUGAGCAGCCGUAUGAUUUGAAUUCGUGGAUUGAGUCUGAUGCGGCAUUGGAUUUGGCCAAGACUUUGGAUGAAGAUGAUGUUAUUGUUGAAGGGUAUGCUGAGUAUCCUACAUGGCGUGCACAUUUAGCAUAUAUUCGUGAAGCGCAAGGUGAUCCAAGGGAAGUUGUUGAUUUGGAUGGUGUUGGUGGAGUUUCGAUAUUGGCAAGGGCCAAGAUUUUCCGUCAAGGUGUUCAUUUCCCGGCCUUUACUUUUUUGAACCAUGCUGAGACCGAGGCAUUUGGUAAGAUGGCUAGACAUAUGGGGUUCAGAGUUGGUGGGUUGCCGCAUUAUACGAUUUGGCACAUCUAUGAGCCCAGUGAGGAUGAUUUGCAAAAGAUAUCCAAGUUGGAGAGAAGUCGAAGAAGAAAGCAUAAUAAGAGGAGUUAG